UACGCCGAGAUCUACUCGUGGACCUAAUAAAUAAGAGCGAUGUGGCGAGUUCGGGGCUAGAGGAUGAGAUAAAAACAAACUAGACAUCUAAGAAAAUAUCACUGCAUUCGCCAGUCUCUCUUCUUCUAUUUUAAUUUCUACUUUUCUCCAGGUGUGUUAUAGUACAUAAUUAAGAUGGCCACCUCUGCCAGCGCUAAACUUAACAAAGCUGUGAAGCAGAAGUACAUGGACCUCCCCCAGGGAGACCAAGUUCAAGUCAUGUACAUCUGGAUUGACGGAACAGGAGAAGGGCUUCGCUGCAAAACCAGGACUUUGGAUUCAGAACCCAAGAGCAUUGAAGAGCUGCCUGAGUGGAACUUCGAUGGCUCCAGCACUUACCAGUCUGAAGGCUCUAACAGUGACAUGUACCUGAUUCCGGUGUCCAUGUUCAGGGAUCCCUUUCGCAAAGACCCAAACAAGCUGGUUCUGUGUGAGGUCCUGAAGUACAACUACAAGCCAGCAGAGACCAACCUGCGCAUGUCUUGCAAAAAGGUCAUGAACAUGGUGGAGGACCAGGUCCCCUGGUUUGGCAUGGAGCAGGAAUACACCCUCCUGGCAACGGACGGCCACCCCUUCGGCUGGCCUUCCAACGGCUUCCCUGGUCCUCAAGGUCCAUAUUACUGUGGUGUGGGAGCAGACAGGGCCUACGGCAGAGACAUCGUGGAGGCUCACUACAGAGCCUGCCUCUAUGCCGGCGUGCAGAUCUGCGGCACCAACGCUGAGGUCAUGCCCGCCCAGUGGGAGUUCCAGGUUGGCCCAUGUGAAGGCAUCAACAUGGGGGACCAUCUGUGGGUUGCCCGCUUCAUCCUGCACCGGGUCUGUGAGGACUUCGGCGUGGUGGCGUCUCUUGACCCCAAGCCUAUACCUGGGAACUGGAAUGGCGCUGGCUGCCAUACGAACGUCAGCACGAAGGCGAUGCGUGAGGAGGGUGGAUUGAAGUUCAUCGAAGAUGCUAUUGAGAAGCUCGGCAAGAGGCACGACUACCACAUCCGUGCCUAUGACCCCAAGGGGGGCCUGGACAACGCGAGGCGUCUGACCGGGCGUCACGAGACCUCAAACAUCCACGAGUUCUCCGCCGGCGUGGCCAACCGCGGCGCUAGCAUUCGCAUCCCGCGCGCCGUGGGGCAAGAGAAAAAGGGCUACUUCGAAGACCGCCGUCCUUCUGCCAACUGCGACCCCUACGGCGUCACGGAAGCGAUAAUCCGCACGUGUCUGCUUAAUGAAGAGGGCAAGGAGCCUGUGGACUACAGCAAAUGAGUGUCUUUCUUGGACAAGAUCCCUGCCCCCCGUCCUCUGUGAUCAAUUUCUUAAUGGCAGUUGGGUCUGCUAGUACUGUAUCAUUUUUCCCAGAAGGUAAAUUUAAGCUGCCAAUUUAAUAAGGACCCUUUAACAUUUUCCUAGAACUCACUGGAAACAGUGGCACCUCUGGUCCUGUUUCUUAACAGUGGCUUUUUAAAAGAUCACUCAGUUAUGAACUCAUUGCCUUUGCACAAGUAAGCAUGCAGCUGAAGUCUAGGGCAGCCACUGCAGUGUGUCCAGCGGUAGUCCUUUAAUGUAUAUUGAUCUGAUUUGAGCAUGUAACUUUUAAUGUAACUAACACUGCAACCAUAAACAACUUGAAUUGUUAGUGUCCAGUUUGCACGGUUGGCUCGUGCGAUUGGUGCACUUGGAUUAAGGGUCCAAAAUCACAUUUGUGUAUAUGUGGGUCCCUUGUCUAUCAGUUGUAUAAAUGUUAUCCAUCUCAGAAGUAUCUGA